GUUUAAAUAUUUGAGUCGUACAUUUUCGACUGUACAUGCACUUUGUCUGUCGGCCAUUUCCAGCACGUAUAUGAGUACCACCAUCCUACCCUGACAGACUCCCUCAAUAAUUGUCGUGUGCAUUCACCUCCUGCUCCUCUUAUUCACCGAUAUCAAUCAUGGUAGAGGGGCAGAGAAAGGGGAGGACAGCGCCCUGGUACCCCAUACCCUCGAGAAGAAUUGUGAGCGUCGAGCAUCCAGGAAUUGUAAAAAACGUGGACAAAGCCAUAGACACACUUAAUGGCAACUCUGGGAUAUCGAAGAUUCUCAAACCGCAGAAGGCGGAUACUCCAGCAAACCUCAACAUCCGGCCGGAGGACCCUAUGGCGAGACCAGUUCAAUCAUCCAGUCUCCCAUCAAAUAAUAUCGUCCUCAAAGUCACUGUCCCGAAAUGGACUGGGCGCAAGCGGAAACGGGGGUCUGAAGAGCCGUUCACCGCGGACCCUGCCGCUGAAAACGAGAGACGAACGGCGAAAGACCGACUUAAAAGCCUGCGCGACAACGUAGGCAAGUAUCAUGUCGAGGCAGUUGGCAUGGUUGACAGGACCCAUGUCUUCCGGAAUAUGCCCGAUUACGUGUACUCGACAACCGGGAGCGCUUUCACACAGAAAUUCAAAGAGCAUAUCCUCCCUUUCGACUACGAAAAGAUGAAAGAAUUCGACCUCGAUAUGAGCAGAGGAGCAGGGUCUAAUCUAGACAUAAUCCCUCCGCCUUCGUUCAGCCAUGGGGAUGUCCCCUUCAACUAUAUGUAUCGACAAAAUCCAACAGUAAAGCAAUCCAUCGAUACGUCGGGCAAGGUCACAACUGUCAACACCCAGCAAGCGCCAAAGGUGCUUACUUAUCUUGUUACGUAUGACAUCCAGGAGGUACCAUCAGCUCCGCGGGAGAGUUGUCCGCCCAUUGAAACACUGGAGAAGAACCUACAGGACACAAUCGCUACUGUCAAGAAGUUAUUUGAAGAGCGUCCGCUUUGGACACGUCGGGCAUUGCGCAAUCUACUUCCCACUCAUGAUGAGCGUUAUUGUCUUCGUCAUGCCGUGCCCUACGUAGGGUACAUCUUCCGCUCUGGGCCAUGGCGGGAUGCUAUAGUCAAGUUCGGUCACGAUCCUCGUACCUCGCCAGAAUAUCGGCAGUACCAGACGAUCAUGUUUCGCCUUCUCGCCCGGGAAGCAGAAGUCGCACGCGACGGUGGUGGAGGAGGAGGACGACGGCACACGUUACCGCGACCUGCAGAAGCAGGCCCUGACGCUCCGGGCACGAGUACAUCACACCUGUUCACAGGACAGCCACCAUUGCCGCUAGACGGCAAACUUUGGAUGAUCUGCGAUAUUACUGAUCCUCUCCUGCGCAGCAUUCUUUUUCCACCGGGUCCUCCUCCAGGUUUCUUGCGCUCGACAUGCGACAUACUGAUCGAUGGUUGGUAUGGUAAUGGUACACUUGCAAAAGCGAAGACAAUCAUGCGGGCCAAGGUGCAAACAUUGAUGGCAGAGAAUCGCGCCACAGAUGAUGCUGAGUUUGAGCGCAUAGUUGCAUUCCCCGAUCACGCUGCCACGGAGGCGGACCUGGCCAAUUUCACGCUCGACCCGGCUACCGCAUCCUCGAGGGAGACGCAACUAGCCACCGAAGUCCGUGGACAUAUCAAAGGCUCUCCUAACUGGCGGGGUGGCAUUUCUACUGGAAAAGGCGGGACUAGGCCUCAAGAUGUGGGAACAGCAGAGACGACUGAGACGCCAGAAGCAGAAGAUACGCCAUCCGUCGUCGCCGCGGACGGAACGAAGAUCAAGGUUGAAGAUGAAGAUAUCAUCACGGAUCAAUUUGCCGCGGAUAUCAGCGAGGGUGAAGAAGAGGCUCGUGAGCGGGAGGAGAUGAUGAUGGAAGAGACCGCAUCCGCCGCAGCAGCGGCUAUAGAAAGCGCACAAGGAGAUGAAGAAGAGGUAGACGAGGAGAUAGAAGAGCUUGACGAUGAGGAAGAUGACGACGAGGAGGUAUAUUAAUCAUUUAGGACUUGA